CCCUCCUCCUUCUCCUCCCCUCCAUUCCUCUCCCCCUCCGUGCUGGUCUCAGUCUUGAGGACUUGCUAGUGAAUCGGGAGAAAUAAACAGACACUGAGCAGAGGGGGAAAAAAGGACACAGGGAGUGAUAGCGUGCGAGAAUUUAAGACAUCUCCUCCCUCCCCUACCCCCUCACUAUCUCUCCAUCUUCAUCUCUCGUCUUUUCUUUAAUGGAAAGAAAUUAUCCUGGUACAGGGUUCGGUGAUUUGGGCGCUGGUACGGGAUGGAGUUACGAGAGAUCGGCCAAGGCAAGCCUGGUGUAUGGGAGUUCUAGGUCCUCCCAUCCGGACUCAGAGCUGCUCCAUCGCCAGGCUUAUGGCACCCCCCACCCUCUGCAGGGCUACGCAACCAAUCACCACCCUGGCAGCUCUGGACAGGGCGGGGCAUGGGGGGCUGGGCGGAGUCUAGGCUUAUCUGGGCUGUUUGAUACUGGGCUACACCAUGCCAGUCCCUCUGGUCCAGACCCAUCUGUCAUGAACCUGAUUUCAGCACUGGAGUCCCAGGGUCGGCAGCCACCCCCCUCAGCCUCCUCCCUCCUCUCCCAGUUCCGAACACCCUCCUGGCAGACUGCGAUGCACACUCAGCCAGAGCUCUUCAUCGGGUCUGGCUCCUUCCCCUCCUCCUCCCUCUCGGCCUACCAGCACCCAGCCUCUUUCUCUGGGCGGUCCUUCCCUGGCGCCUCGCUCUCCCUCCAGGACUCCCCCACCUUCAGCCCCACGUCCAACGGCCUCCUGUCCCCCCAUGACCCCCUGCUGCACAUCAAGACGCCCUCGCAGUCUAGCCUGGGCUUCGACCGCUUACUCUCCUCACAGGGCGCCGCCUACCGAGGGUCGCAGGACCCCACAGGCCCGCCGCAAACCUCCUCCUCCUCCUCAGGCCGCCACUUACCCCCUCCCCAGUUUAACCUGCUGUCCUCCCAGCUCCAGGACCAGUCCUCCCAGUUGUACAAUGCCUCUGUGUUCUCAUCGGCACCCGCCCCCCCUCCGCCCCAGCCACCCCAGGAAAGGGCCAUCCCCCGGCAGGACAGUGUGAUCAAGCACUACCAGCGCUCUUCUCCGGCUCAGUCCCAGCUCUCCUCCUCAGCCCCCCACCCCCUGCAGCACUACCUCAGCUGUGGGGCAUCGGGUUACCAGCAGAUCUCCCACCACCGGCAUGGAGGGGUGUCCUGCAGUCCGCUGGGAGAGCAGAGCCCUUCAGCAGACCCCAAACCCUCCCCCCGGUCAGACCAAGUGUACCGCCCCAUCAUCCAGACCCCGUACACCUCCUCAGCCGCCUCCUCCUCAGGAUCAGGUGGAGGUCUAGGGAAGGGGGCUAAGAACUCCAGCUCCAGUAGCGGCUACUCCUCCUCGGGCUCUUCGUCUUCCCGAACCCCCCACACCCCGCCCUCAGCCUCCUCGUCCUCCUCAAACUCCAACCCUAACCCUUCCUCCAGCUCCUCGUCAGCCCCAUCCAGACAGCAGCCCCCAAUUCAGUCUGCGCCCCCUCCCCCACCUCCCCCUCCAGUGUCCUCCGCCCCGGCCCAGCAGCCUCCUCCUAAACCCUGCCUGUCAGCAUACGGGUCCCCUGUGGCCCCCGCCAAGCCCACCGCAGGCCUCCCUGGACAGACACCUCCCCAGCAGCAGUCCUACUCCCCCAGCCAGCCCCCUCCCUCACACCUCCCCUCUCACCAGCCCUAUGGGGGCUUCAGCUCCCCCCAGGCCCAGGACCUGACCUCUGGCCCUGGGAGUUCUGGGAAAGGGUAUGGAGGACUGGGGCCAGGAGGCCGCUCCUUCUCUGCCGAAGUGGUCUACGGGACGGACUCAGGAUACAGCUCGCUGCCUACCUCCCUCGGGGGAGCAGGCAGUCCCUCGUUGGGGUACGGUGGCCCUAGGCACUCCCCUGCCCACCUGGGGUCUGGGGGGGGUGGAGGGUCAGCCGGCAGCGGGGCAGGGUCCGGGGCUGGUGGUGGUUCAGGAGGUGGGGGUGCAGGAUCAGGUGGUAGCAGUGGAGCUGGAGGAGGCAGCUCAUAUCACCUCCCUGACUCCAGCCCCUCUCCCUCCAGCAACUCUGGCAUCAUUCGACCUGGGCUGCACUCUCCUGCUCCCGCCCACCCUGCCCAGUCCCCCGGGGGAGCCGGGGGGAACAAAUACCUAUCCUCCGUCCUCUCCCCUGCCUUCCUGUCCUCUCCGCAGGGCUACCCCGACACCCGAGGCCCCCAGCCUCAGUCUUACCACCCCACGCCCCCCAAGCCCAAGCCAGACACCGAUAUGCUGGGAGUGGAGCGCUCUCAAGACGAGGAGGAUGACGAUGACGAUGACUUCCUGAUCCAGCACUUGCUGCAUGCCCAGAGCCCUGCGCCUCACCCGUCCCAGCACCACCCCCAGCAGCAGCCGCCACAGUCCAUCCCUCAGGCCAGGGAUGGGGGCAAAGGUCUGGCCUACGACCUGAGUAAGGCCUCUGAGGAGCGCUACCACCUGCAGAGUGUCAUCCGCACCAACAGCGCCACCAACAGCUCGGUCCCCGGUACUGCAGGUAACGUCAGCGGAGGUGGCCUGGAGAGCCAGUUGGAGAUGUCGCUGAAGAAACAACAGCAGCAGCAGGCCAAGAACGAACGUGGGCUGUCUGGAGCAGGAGCCAGCGGAGGAAGGGGGGGGGCAGACUCCCUCUCCCACCCCAACCCGCACGUCCCCUAUCCGCAGCAACACGACUCCCUCGGCUCAGUGGUGCACUACGGCAGGAGCGACCCUUACUCCCAACACCCUCACUCCCAGCACCCCCACCAUCCCUCGCAGGCCCCCUCACACCCCCAACACACCCAGCACUCCCGACACGCCCACCCCCACUCCCAUGGCCACCCUCACAUGGAGCUCAAAAAGCCUCCCGACUCGUCCGAGCUGCCAUACCUGCGGAAGACACCCGAACUGCAGCAGCAGCCCCGACAGUCCCAGCCCUCCCUUUCCCUCAUGGACUCCCCUCCAAACCAGCCCCAGCAGCCUCCCUCUGCCCACAUGCUCCAGUCUGUUCUGUCCCACACUACCCGCAACAAGAUGGACACCCAGCAAGCUGCUUCUCAGCAGCAGCAGCACUCCAUGAGUCAGCAGGCCAUGAUGGGGGCAGGUGGAGAGGCAGAGCCUGGGGGACAAGCAGGGGUGGAUCCCCAGCCCCAGUCUCAAUCCCAGCUGCAGCUCCAACUCCAGUCCCAGGCUAUGGAGGCCCACUACAGCCAGGCCAGCCAGAACUCGGUUUCUCCGCUGGACAUGCUGGAGCGCACCCUGUCUCGUGCCAACAGCAGAGACAGUGGAGGGGCCGUGGAGAGAAGUGGGGUGGGGGGAGGAGAUGGGGGCAGUGGUGACGGACACAGGCAACAACAGCAGCAGCACAGGCUGCCGUCUCAUCACCACUCCCAACAAACUGCCUCCAAGCUUCACGACUUCCUCUCCGAGCCAGACCUGGGAAUAACCACGACCUCCCACCUGCACCACCUCAACCCACACCACCCCCACGUACAUCACCAACAGCAGACCCACCCGCACCACCCCCUCCCGCACACCCAUGCCCACCCCCACUCCCACCACCUGGCAACCAACGCAGGGCCCCAGCAGCAGCAGCCUCCGCCCCAUCAGAGGGACCAGGAGCCCCAGCUCUGUCAAUCCCAGUUGGACCAGCUCAAAGAGCACCAGUUUGACACUGUGAGCCCUGUGGGGAAAGCGGGCCAGAUCCAAGGCCAGCAGCAAAGGUUUGUGCCUCUGACCUCCAUCUGUUUCCCAGACUCCCUCUUACAGGAUGAGGAUCGCUCCUUCUUCCCCGGCAUGGAGGAUAUGUUCUGCUCUGACGACUACUCCAAGUCGAGCUGCGCCGGGGUUCCCGGGGCAGGCCAAGGGGUGCAGGAAGGUAUGUCUGAGGCACGUGUACAGGGACCAGACAGCAUGGAGGACGUCAAGACCAGUGAUGGAGGAGGUGGCUAUGACAUGAUGGGUCACCAUGGCGACCAGGGGUAUGGGUACUGCCACAGCCUCACGGAAACAGAAAACAGCACCAUGCAUCUGGACCUGGACUCUCUGAAAACCCAUGAGCUCCCGUCCACUGUGAACACAGAGCAGCUCGGCCUCAUCCAGUCCCAGACCCCAGGCCUUGGCUUGGGGGUUCCAGGGGGAGUUCCUGGGGACGGCUCCGCCAACAAGAUGAUUGGGGGUACGGGCGUGGGUGGAGGUUCUGGUCUGGCCGGGCUGACGUCACCCAUCUUCUGCUCCUCCCGACCCAAGAAGCUGCUGAAGACCAGCUCCUUCCACCUGCUGAAGCAGCGCCGCGACCCGCAGCCGCAGGCCAAGAAGAACUACGCCCAGGAGUAUGAGUUCGAGGAUGACGAGGACAAGGCUGAUGUUCCCGCUGACAUCCGCCUGAACAGCCGGCGGCUCCCUGACCUCCUCCCCGACCUGGUGUCCAGCUGCAGGAAGGCUGGAGGAGGAGGGGCCUCAGGGGUGGGCUCCCUCAGCCCUCUGAUGGGCGACCUGGACUUCUGCCACCCGUCCGGCUACCCCUCCCUUGGCCCCCCUCCCCAGCUCCUACCCCACGACGGGCCCAAGAAGAGGGGCAGAAAACCGACCAAACCCAAACGUGAAGGGCCGCCUCGGCCCAGAGGGCGCCCUCGCAUCCGCCCGCUCCCGGAGCCGCCCUACUGUAGGGGGUUGAUGGGAAAUGUAGGCGGGGAGACCCGCAGGGGUCGUGGGCGGGGUAGGGGGCGUGGCAGGAAAGAGGAAGGGAUGAUAGAGAUGCACCGAGAAAUGAACAAAGUACCCGACCUCCAAUAUCAUCAACAACAACAACAACAACAACAGCAGCAGCAGUUUCACCAACAACAGCACUUUCAACAACAGCAGCACCAACACCAUCACCUCCAACAGCAGCAAAAUAUACAACCUCAACAGCAGCAGCACCUACAACACCUUCAUCAACAGCAUCCACAGCACCAGAAACCUUUCAAGCCUAUCAAGAUCAAGCUGCCUAUCCCCUCUAUGUCUCCCUCGGACUCCUUGCUAAGGACAGACUCCCUGUCCAGCACCGACCCGGUUCUCUCUGACGGGUCGGUGGGCUCGGCUCCCUCCCUGGGCCUGAGUCCUGGACCCACUGCUGGGAUGGACAUGAACAUCACCAGGAGCCAGGAGAAGAUGAAGCAGAAAGCUCAAGCCCAGGAGAUGACGUGGGAAAGGGACAUGGAUGAGCAGCUGACCCCAGAGGCCUGGGCUGCCAUGCAGAAGCUCUCCAACACGACGGAGGACAAGCCCCCGGAGCUGAAGUCUAAUUUCAUGGCCUCCUUCCUGGACUUCCUCAAGACGGGGAAGAAGCAGCCUGAAUCUGGACCUGGUGGACCCCAAGACCUCGGAGGGCCAGUGGAAGGAGCUGAAACCACAGACUCUUCCUCCCUGAAGGGUAGGAUCCUGUCCCCGCCUCCCCCUCCACCGCCCCCUCCUCCACCCCCUCCGUUUGGGGACAGUAGCGAGGGCGAGGACGGGCUGAGCCCCUGUAAGCGUCUGGACGACGAGCUGAAGAGGAACCUGGAGACGCUGCCGUCCUUCUCCUCCGACGAGGAGGAGGACUCUGUCAGUAAGAACCAGGACCUGCAGAAGAGCAUCUCCUCGGCCAUAUCUGCCCUUUACGACACGCCCCAUACGCUGGCUGCAGCCGUGGCCCCGCUCCCACCCAGCCCAUCUCCGCCCCAGAGCCCAUCGCUGCCACCAACGCCGCCGCCCGUGGCCCAAAUGCAGGAGGACGUAGCCGAUCUGGAGGAGCAGGACGAUGACGUAGAGACAAACAUGCAACUUCACAACACACAGGCCAACGCACAGCCAAAUACACCGCCCCCAGAACAGGAAGGACUGAAAGGGAUGGACGGAGAGGACGAACGACAAGAGGAGAUGGAGAAAGAGGAGGAGAUGGAGAAAGAAGAGAGGGUAAAGGAAGACCUGAAUGUAGAGUGCAGGGGUGUGGAGAAAGAGGUAGAGGAGAGGGAAGAGGAGGAGGAGAGAGAGCCUGAGUUUGAGAUGCUGGAUGCUCCAAAAGUGGAAGAUUCUCCAUCCGGGCCUCCCCUCGCCCCCGUACCCCCCUCGCCCCCAUCCCUCUCCCCGUCCCCUCUCACUUCUUCCUCCCCCUCCCCCCUAUCUCCCCCACCCCUCUCCCCACCCUCCCCUCUGCCCUUCCAGCAUAAGGAUGAUGAAGAGGAGCAGCAGGAGCCGUCCCCCCAACAAACCCACCACCCCUCCGCCUCUCCUCCCCCCAGCUCCUCUCCCCCUGCCCUGCCCUCUCCACCCUCCCCUUCCCCUGCAAUGCCCCCCUCCACUACCCCCCCUCCCUCCUCCUCCCCUCCCCUUUCGGAUGCUCCAGAGUUGGCCCAGCCUUCCUCCUCACCCUCCUCUUCCCCACACUCACCCCCCACCCCUGAGGAUGCGCCAGCCCCCAAGAUCACCUCUCUGCACCUGGCCAAAAAGCAGGACAAUGCGGCCAUUGCUGGAGAGAGUGAGGAGGAGGACAGUGAGAGUGGCGGCGAGGGCAUCUUCCGGGAGAGAGAUGAGUUUGUGGUGCGGACUGAGGACAUUGGCACGCUCAAGAUGGCCCUGCAGACCGGCCGCGAGCCACCACCCAUCUGGAGAGUGCAGAAAGCCCUGCUGCAGAAGUUCAGCCCCGAGAUCAAAGACGGACAGAGGCAGUUCUGUGCCACCAGCAAUUACCUGGGCUACUUUGGCGAUGCCAAGAUGCGGUACCAACGUCUCUAUGUCAAGUUCCUGGAGAAUUUCAAUAAAAAGGAUUAUGUCCGUGUGUGCUCACGUAAACCCUGGCACAGACCUGGACUCAUGUUGAGGCGUCAAUCACUCCCAUCGCUCCCCAAGCCACCUCCCCCUGCCAUCAGUCAAACUCCACCACGAUUGGAGCGAGAUGAGAGGGAGCGGAAGGAGAAAGAGAAGGAGCAGAAAGAGAAGGAGCAGAAAGAGAAGUUGCAAAAGGAAAAAGAGAAGGAGCAGAAAGAGAGGAAGGAAAAAGAGAAACAGCGAGAAAGGGAGAGAGAGGAGGAGAAGGAGAGAGAAGAAAAAGAGAAGAGGCAUCCACCACCUCAGGAGAAGGUGGAGAGAAGGAGCAGUGAAGAGGACCGAAAGAGACUGAGGGAGGAGAAGAGAGGAGGAGGAGGAGAGAAGAAGACAGAGCGCCCUUCGAGGGCUAGGCCAGUGAAGGCAGAGCCUCCACCCAAGAAGAGGAAGAAGUGGCAGAAGGAAGUCCCCUCUGACUCAGACUCCUCCACUGAUGGGCCCAGUGAGGACCAAGCCCCGGUGAGAGGGGGGAUGAACAGUCGAGCCAUGAGGGAGAUGUUCAGGAGUUACAUAGAGAUGCUGGUCAGUACAGCACUUGACCCCGACAUGAUUCAAGCCCUGGAGGACACAGACGACGAGUUGUACCUCCCGCCCAUGAGGAAGAUUGACAGCCUCCUCAACGAACAAAAGAGGAGACUGUUAAGGAGAGUCAACAUGAGUGGCCAACACCAGGAGACUCUACAUACGUUCCCCAAAAUGACGGCGGACCCCCUGGACUCUGGAGCGGUCAAAUUGCACCUCGGCGGCGAGUGCUACAACCGUAAAACCCUCAACCGCGUCAAGAAGAGCACCGCGCCCAAACAGCAGGACCUCAAGCUGUCCACAGAGACGUGUCGUGUCUAUAGCCUUUAUCAUUCUCUCCAUCACUACAAGUAUCACACCUUCCUGAACUGCAAGAAGGAGACGGACAGUAUAGAGCAGGCAGCGGAGGACCCUGGUCAGGAGGAGGUGGUGCAGCAGUGUAUGGCCAACCAGGGCUGGCUGGAGACCCUCUUCAACUCCUUCAUCGACCUGCUGACCCUCAGCACCAAAGCCUGAUGAGGGAGGAGGGGGCACAGUCCGAAAUAGUGCACUACAAUUGGCCUAAGCCAUAGGGCCUAUAUGGAGAAUAGGGUGCCAUUUGGAAAGCAGAAUGUGGGUUGAAGAAGGGAGGGGUGGGGAGGGAGGAGGUAUACAGUAUUUGGGAGACAUAGCAAGAGAGUUGGAGUGGAGAACACUGGACUGUACCAAGAUGGAGAGGGGGGGGGGGGGGGGUUCAGACCCUACCACUCUAGUUCUUGCCCAGUGAGAAAGACCGAACAGUCAAUGUUCAGUCUUUGAGUACGGUUGAGUUUUAACUUAAAAUGGAUGCUACAAUGAACUGUUUUUAGCGCUUUUGUUUAGUUUUUCUCUCACAAAGUAUCUCUUGACUAAAGAAAAGAGAAAGACGGAGGAGAGCGGAGGAGGCGGAUUGAAAAUAGUGAAUGUGUGAAAGGGUACGACGUCUGCCACUUGACCUGAACAGGGAAAGCAGGGGACCACGGUGAAUCAGUCAGCACUACAGAAACGAUUGCGAUCUACAUCCAAACAUGCACGGGCACACACACACGCCAACAUACAAACACUAUAUAUAUAUAUAUAUAUACGUAUAUGUAUUAAUAAUUAUGAUUUGUAUUAUUUAUACAAGGAAAUGACCCUCCCUAGCUGGGAUUGUUUGCUGUUGUUAUUUUAAAUAAUAAUGUUUUGUUAGGGUAUACAUGAAAUGGCCUGCCCAAAAUCCUUUGCUCAGUCCCCCUUUUACUGCUGAAGGUAUAAAAGAGUGGAGGGGAGAAAAACUGAGGUGAAGGGAGGGAGGGAGGGAGGUUAGAGGAGUGUGUGAUGUUCCCUUUUUUCUGUCUGCCUAAAUAAAUUGUGAGGGGGAAAAAUGUAUUUAAAACCUAAGCAAACUGUGUUCUUUAUGUUUGUUCUUCAAAAGACAAUGAGAGCAGAGUUUACACCUGAAGUUAAUAAAUUAAAAUAAAUAUCUGUUCGCUUUCUAAAAGAAAGCUCUGUGGUUUUAGGGAGGUGUAACUGUUAAAACGCGUAUAAAAUCUGUGUUGACUGUUUUUAUUUGAUCUGUUUGUUGUUUAUGAUAAUUAUUAUUUUGGAGGUUUACCUAUUUGUUCAAGCUCUCUUAUCUGUAAAUAUUGUACAGUUACUUGAGUCUCUAAAGCCCAGUUCCUCUUCUGUACAUGCUAUUCCUGUAUUUGACAAAAGCAAAUAAAAAUGUGAAAAUGACAGC